GCUCUGUUUAAAACAGAAGAAAUACAUGUGUCUGCUUGGACAGGAAAUAAUUUUAACAUGAUUUUUAAACUAAAAUGAUGUAAAUAGUAAAUACCACUCUGAAACAGGCUUACAGACUUCAGCUAAAGCGGCAGUUAUGUUUAUAUGAGGAACAGAAAAGGAUUUUAUUAGUGAAAAGAUACAGAACAAAAAGUCAUAAAGAUGGCAACUGCAAGCAAUGAUUUUACACUCAUUCGUCCCAAUGUUACAGAGGAGUAUAAUCACUCUGCUGUAACUCUCUCGUGUCGUCUGUCUCCUGAAAUCAGUGCUGUUAACAUGGAGAUCCGGUGGUUUAAGGAGACAGACUGUGUUUGUGUCUAUAAGAACAGACAGGUGACAGAGGGGAGACGUUACGAGGGCAGAGUGAGUCUGUUCACUCAGGAGCUGGAGAGAGGAAACGUCUCCUUACAGCUGAGAGACUGUACAGAGUCAGAUAGAGGACAUUACCUGUGUCAGGUCACUGAUGGAGACAGAACAGAGGAGAUUACAGUAGAGAUGAUGGUCCCUACCCGAUGGGUAAGUAAAUAACGCUACAAAAAUUAUA